GCAGGCUACGCAUUGUACACAGCAUCGCCUUGUUCUACAGCUCGAGAGAGCCUCGGGAUGCUCAGAGACUUAUAUGAUGCAGGAAUCUCACCCUGAGGUAGCUCUAACAGAGAAGUUGGGUUCAGUGCAGGCAUUCAAGAGAUCAUGUUCGUACCUCGUCACUCUUUAUGAUUUUUCCGUGUCUCGCUGUGGCAGUUUGGUGACGGGAGACCAGGAUGACAUUGAUUGCUACAAUGAAGUGCAAAAGUGGUGUCUUGACGUUAUCCAAUGCUUAGAGCAAUUGUCUAAGCUUGAUACGAUAAGCCUUCUUACACAAUGGCAGGUCAUUCAAGCAGCUUUAGAAGAGUUGUAUGAUACCUGUCCGGUCCUAGCUUGCCCUACGAAAUUUCGCAGCGAGCAUCUUCAUUCCAGCCUGACCAUCCCCUUCCAACCUGGAGUCGAAGAGACUCUGGAUGUUAUCCAAAUUGCUCUUUCCUCUCGAGAUAGCGUUCAUGCUCUGCUACACUUAGAUAGGUCUGAUACAAGAGCAGUCAUCAACCUUCUCGAUCAGGCUCUAGAGUUCCUUGAAUGGCCCAGUCGCCUGCAUAGUACUGCUUCAAAUCUGUUGCGCAAGCUCUGCAUUCGAAGCGCAUCGCUUCCGGACUCGCUGGAGAUCUCUGAAGAGAACAUCACAAGACAUCAUGACCAUGCUAUCGAUGGAGGUGGAUUUGCAGAUAUCUGGCUAGGCACGUGUGGACGCAUCACAGUGGCACUGAAAGUGUUCCGUGUGUUCGGCAAAGACGACGCUCAGGUGGUCUACAAGAAAUUUUGCAAAGAAGCUAUUCAAUGGAAGCGCCUCUGCCAUCCCAAUAUCACACCUUUUCUGGGAGUAAAUACCACACUCUUUCCCCUUUGCUUGAUUAGCGAAUGGAUGCCCAACGGCAAUGUUAAUGCCUUUCUAAAGAAACGACCAAACGCGAACAGGCUGGAGUUGCUGGUUGAUGUGGCAAAAGGUUUAGAGUAUCUCCAUACACAUGGGUUAUUCCACGGGGAUCUCAAAGGCGCUAAUGUGCUCGUCGACGAGACUUCCCAUGCGCGGCUUUCGGACUUCGGUUUGGCAGCGGUUAUAUAUGACUCUGACACUGUCAAUUUGAUGACUACGUCCUCUUGCGAUCAUGGGUCGAUUAGGUGGAUGGCACCAGAGCUGUUAUUUCCAGAGCAGGUUGGGCUUAAGAGUGCUCGUCAGACCUUUCAGAGCGACGUGUACUCUCUUGCGAUGGUGAUGUGGGAGAUAUUCACUGGACGUAUGCCGUUCCACGAAAUACCGCGUGAUCCUGCGGUUGUGUACCAGGUCACCAUGCUAGGCACUAGGCCAAAACGCCCGCCAGACGCUCUCCUGCUUGGUCUAUCUGAUGCCGUCUGGCUGCUCAUGGAGCUCUGCUGGCGCACUGAUCGGCGCGAACGUCCGAUGAUGGCUUUCGUAGUGCAACAGUUGACAAAGGCAAUCGAGGACUACCUGCCGGACAACGAAGAUGCCGAGACGACAGAACGCUUACGGGAAAGCAGACUUCAUGAUAGCUCAAGCACACGUGUGACCUCCAUCAUGCGCCACAGCUAUGACGCAAUAUCGCUUCCUACAGGCUUCAUGUCGAAGACAGCCUUGGAUAGUGUGCCUUCCGCAUCCUCGAAUGCAAAUGACCCAGGCAGCUCGUCGAUCCGAAUUAACGAAGAGAAACUCGAACAUAUACGUGACAACGCGCAAUUGCUCAUUGAAACGGAGAGGAAGUACGUUCACGGCCUAGAGGUCCUACAGAACUAUUCCAAAGAAGCGUUCCUUACGGAUUCCGCGAGCCCGCUUUAUAGCAUAUUCUCUGCUCUUGAUAUUAUCCUGGCGUUCCAACGUAAGGUACUCACACGUUUAGAGAUCACUUCAGAGGCACCCUGGCUAGAGCAGCGUUGGGGAUUCCCUUUCGUAUCGAAAGAGCAUGAAUUCGAGGCUUAUGAGGCAUACUUUAUUGCCUUCCCUGCAGUCGAAUGCUUUUUUAAAGAUACGCACAAAGCGAAGAUGAUAAAUAAUGCACAUGAUAUAAAGGUCGCCGAUCUGCCGAUGUUACUCAUAAAGCCCUUGCAUAGGAUGCGAGAAUAUCCGGCGCUUCUGAAAUCGCUCUCGGAAGCUGUUAUUGGAACAGCCUACGCACAUUAUCCUGAACUGCAGGCAGGAGUGCGAGCAGCUGAACGUAUUAGUGACAGACUGCACAAAGUCUAUCGAUCGGCAAAGAACACAUUAGCUUUGGGCACUGUGCAGAAACGUCUCAUCAAAUGGGAAGAAUCUGAAAUCUCGCAGCUCGGGUCGCUGCUGCUCAGUGAUUUCUUCACCAUGCCGGGUGACAAGGACGACGGAUUACACGCCUUCCUGUUUGAAAGGAGUAUUCUCCUCUGCAAAGAGCUACCGCGAUUGUUCCUUGGAUCCAAACGCACUCGGAAGAGAGCUUGGACUCUGACGAAGCCCAAAAGCCCAACUCAGCUUCCUGACAUGAACGCCCGCCUGACAGUGGAAACCCAAAUUUCUCUGCGGAUGGAAUUUCAUGUAGCUCCAUACUCACAAGGUCAACAUUCGCUAUUUAUCUGGUGGAAGGGUGAUAGUGGGAGUGACGACGGACACAAAGUCCUUUGCUGCCAGGACGUGAAUCAGCUCAGGGAAUGGGAAGAAGAGCUGAAGCUCUUCGCUGCUCGGAAGGAUGCACAGCCCCCUACCUCGGCCAUUAUUCACCCUCAGGAGGCCCAGGGCACAGAGGAUCAGUUAUAUUUCGAUGGCUUGUCUUCGACAGAAGACGCAAAAAUCCCUGAAAUUGUGACGACUGCAGCACGGCCCUCCGUUGAUCACCACCGUACUGUUCGAGCUCGAUCCUCUUGGAGUGCGCUGCGUCACAAGUUCAAUUCCGCGGCUCUGAGCACGAAAGUCGCAUCGGGGAAACAUCCUACUUAUGACGGUGCUGCCUCCCAUACCAUAUCCUCCCUACGUCCGCGCAGUGGGAGCUUCCCUUACACUAGUCCUGAUCCGCAUCCCUCGCAAAUCGGACUCAAUCGAGCUCGUGCUACGCCAUCUCCGUUGUCCAGAUCAGCUGAUUUGCCACUCACGGGAGAGAAUAAUCGCGGCGAACAACUCAGGACCCAGACACCUAGUAUAUGCGAUGAAACAGCCAACCUAUUGGCUGCUGCGACGGAUUUCCGUAUGCCCGUACAUACAACAGCGGCAGAUAUAAUUGUGCAUCCAUCGCCAGCCAACACCGAUCCUUUUCAAUACGGCAGGGACAGCGUCUUCCCGAUUUCCAUAUGGGACAGGCUUCGUCACAAGCUGAGCUCUUCCAGCUUCAGGGCUAGUGAUAAUGCCGAUCAUCUUCCUACACCUCCUAAUGCUGGCCUAUCUGUACCCCCAAGGACCCGCUUUCGCAGUGCCAGCGAUCCUCUUGCCAGUAGUCGUCGGAUAUUGCCAUCGAUUGCUCAGCCUUGACGACUCGUUCGCGGUAUCCAGGAUGAGGCUGGCUUUUAAACAGGAUGUUUGUCACUAGUUAUCUCUGUGGUUGUUGAUUGUUUCCGGAAACGACGGGCGCAUUGGCCGAUGGAGCGCACAGAGAUGCCUUGCGCGCGAACGACUGUCCUAUGAAUUCACCUUCCAUUCUGUCUACGCAUGCACAGAACUGACCGUAGGAAAUUACUGAUGCAGGAUCAUUGUAUUACAACCGAAACCAAACAAAUGUACCAUCCAUUGCAGAUUCAUCUGAGUCACUCAGUCCGUCAGAG